CUCAACGCUAACUGAACGCAAAGAGGGACUCAGACAUCAAUAACAUCUCGCUCAUCAAUAAGACAUUUUGAUGGAGUUAGACUGCUUAAUUAAAUAGGUUGCCUUGAAGGAAUUAGGCUUUCUGAAUUCAUAAUAUUUAAUCUAAUGAUCCCCCCAUGGAGAACAUCUGAAGGAGGACUUCUCAGCAGCUCCAUCCACAGGGAAGCGGCUCGUGCAGACACACAAUAGCACUUGGAGAUUUCUUAUCUUUCAGUGAUGGCUAUCAACACUGAUGCUGCCUUCGGGAAAAGCGCCCUCGGCGAGAGGGAAGUUUCAAACCCCACCGACUUCCAGGACACGGAGAAGCUGCUGAGCACCACGAUCAACGAGCCCACUGGACAGACUAACAUCAAGCCGUCCGACUCCUUCUCGCUCACCAUCAGAGGCAGCGUCCGCUCCCUGGACUCAGACCAGAACGGACACAGAUCACCGCUAAAGUCGGGCUCCAUCGGGCAUCUUACGGCCCCACCCAAGUCCUCGUCCCGGCUCAGCUUGGGUCCGCGGCACUCACCGUUGCCACCCGGGUACACACCCCGGGGUUACAUCUGGCUCGCAGUGUUGUCCUGUUUUUGCCCUGCUUUGCCGCUCAACAUCUGUGCCUUGUGGUAUGCACAUGUGUCCAGGUCUGUUUUCCUAACAGGAGACAUUGAAGGAGCAAGGAAGUACAGGCGCCUGUCCAUGCUGCUCAGCUGUCUAGCAAUGCUGCUGGGUGUGGCUGUCACCAUCUUCAUAGUGUUAACAAUAGAGAUCCAGCAGUGAUCUAAGUGAUGGAAGGAGUCGCACAACAGGCUCCUUAAACAUCAUCUGAUCACCAAUUUGCACAGAAGAGAGAUGAGGAAAAAAAUGUCAUUUUGAAGAUGACAAGCACAAAAUGUAAAUAUCUGAAAACAAACUGACAAGACACUGA